UUCAAUAUAUGUGAUUUUAAGUGUGAUCAUACUUUAGAAUAACACGAAUGGAUAAUGGGUAUUUGUUUGGAUACAGACAAAAGCAACACCACACAGGAGGUGGACGAGUCAGACUGGAAAGGCGGCGGAAGAGGCGGCGACACACGUUCGGCCAUCGCUCGCUCGCCGACGCUCGGUGGGGGCAGUCCGAUCAACGCCGGCGCCGGAAUGCACAACACCGGCAAAGUCAAGUUCGACCCGCCGAAGGUCCCCGUCAUCUUCGUGCUCGGUGGCCCCGGUAGUGGUAAAGUGACCCACUGCGACACGCUGAUGCAGGAACGCCGGGGGGUCACCCACAUCAACAUGAUGGAUCUGCUGCAACAGUAUGCCAUCGGAAAUGCAGAUAUGCAGGAUUUCUCCCAGCUAUCGUCCCGGACUGUAACUGAAGUGUUAAUGCUCGAAAUGAAAAUGUCCCCUGCUGCCAAAACCUACCUAGUCUCCGGGUAUCCGCGUUCCAUGCGAGACGUGGUUGAGUAUUCCGAAAAGAUCCAAGUGAUUAACGGUGUGAUACUGAUAUCCUGGCGCCAGACGAUUCUUCAGCGCCAGAUUGAUUACGGUGCCAAGCUUGGUCACGUGGUCCUGUCACUUGCAAAGAUGGAGUUGGAAAACUUUUUCAAAAACGUCAUGCCCGUUGCGGACUAUUUCGAUCAGAGUGAUAUGCUGAUUGCGAUCAACGGCGAACGAGCCCCCUCCGAGGUGUACAAAGAUUUCCGGGCGGCCGUGCUCGAUAUUCUCGGGGCGCAGGAAAACCAGGAAGCACUGCUGAACGGAGUCGCAGGUAUGGGUAGGGGCGUAGACGACAUUCCCGGCAGUAUAGUUAGCGUAGAAACGGCACCUAGUCAAAAUAAAGUUAUUGCAGCUUCGGAGGCGCAUCAAGUAGAAAUCAAUAACCGUAACCGAUCGCCAACGCCACCGCCUCCCCAUCAGCAGCAAGUAGUAGCGCCAGGACCUGCGCCAAUGAUACGGCAGCAGUCACGAGUUAGCUUAGGAAUGCAACCAAUCCGACAGGAUAGUCCCAUCGGGCAGGGUGUGACCUUGAAACCGGGUCAGAUUCCGCCAAUCAUUUGGGUAAUUGGUGGGCCCGGUAGCAAUAAGGCGACGCUUUGCUUGAAAACGGUCGGAAUCAACCCGGGGUGGGGUCAUUUUAGUGUGGGACGUCUGCUACGGGCGAUAGCCGAAUCAGAUCCUCGGGUAGGUACGGAUAAUUAUGCCGUGAAGGAAGCAAUUACAGCCGGUGAAAUGGUUCCUAAGAAAUCGUUAGAGCAACUUAUCGCAAGCCAGCUGGCCCAGCUGAGCGACAAACGAGGAGUGAUAGUAGAUGGAUAUCCUAGGGAUAUGCAGCAAGUGAGAGAAUUCGAACAAAAGUACCGUCAAACGCCACCCAUUAUCCUGUUGGACUGUUCGAAGCUUCAGCUAGGCCGGGGCCGGCUGGAUGAUACCGUAUCUUCCUUCCGACGACGGCUGGAGCUAUUCCGUGAACUGACACUCCCGAUGCUCAAGGAAAUGGACACCGCUGGACGGUUGACCAUUGUCGACGGUGACACUGACAGUCCUACAGUCCAACGAGAAUUCGAACGCAUCGUGCGGGAAAGCAUCCAGAAGGUUUUGAAUCAGACAAACAUCGACAUUUCUCCGGUGAAAAUCGGCAGCUUUAAGAAUGCUAUAGAGCAGAGUCGCAAGUCGGGAGUUGGAUCGAAAAAUACCGAUGCCAUCGUCCAUGACUUGGACGCGGAUGUUCCCGGGGUUGUGCCAACUAUCAUUCAUCAUGUGAGUUUGGCCAAUGGUCAUCUGGGUGGUGGAGCAGUCCCAGUCGGUGGUGCCAGGAACGGUUUCAUACCGAAUGGAAGACCGAAUUUCCGAAACAUGUUGGACGAAGCGGACAACUUCGAUUCUCAUAUGUAAGGAAGCAAAUCAUAUGGGAAAGAACUAAAACAAAAUCAUAGCAAUAAGUACAAAACUAUUUUGUUACAGAGUAUCGAUAAUUUCCUACUCAAAUGAUAA